AUGACGGACGCAACAUCAGCAGAAAAAGACUCUGGUGAACAACUCCAAUCCCCUCAUGUCAAUGGGGUUCUGUCUCAGACCACCUCUGAGCUUUCAGAAAUCGCCCAGUCCCAACAUGGCGGUUCAGACACAGAGUCGUUAUCAGAUGGAGAAGAUGGUGAGCUACAACAAAACCUUCAACUUCCACUUUCCGAGAUCAUUCGACCAAAAACAUUGACGAAUUACAUUGGCCAGGAUCAUCUCGUUGGUCCACAUGGCCGAAUUCACGAUUUCAUCCGCUUGAAGUACCUUCCUUCAAUGAUUCUUCAUGGCCCACCUGGAGUCGGAAAAACCACCUUAGCAUCUAUAUUAGCAGCAGAGACUGGAUACGUAUUUGUGGAGUUUUCUGCCACCGACGGGACCCUCAUACACCUUAAAAACCUUCUGAGAAUCAUCGAGAUCGAAAACAACAAACGUCAGCUGCAAAACAAGGAUUACCUUCUGUUAGUGGUGUUCAUUGAUGAGAUCCACCGAUUCCGAAUCAACCAGCAGGAUUUCUUGUUACCGUUGGUCGAAGCCGGCCAGUUUGUGUUUAUAGGUGCCACGUCUGUGGAUCCAAAACUGAGAAUUCGAAGAGCUAUACUAUCUCGGUGUCAGGUGUUUGAGUUGAAGAAGUUGCACGAUGGCCAUUUGAUGAUGAUCUUGGAUCAGGCCAUUCUCUACGACAAUAUUAAGCGGAAAACUGUCUACGGUCUACAAUUCCUUGGAUACAACCGUAACAUUAAAGAAUGGCUCAUUGAAAUCGUCAGAGGUGAUUCCAGAAGACUAAUUAACUUUAUUGAGGUCAUAAGCUUGAAUUUCCACAGCAGUGAAUACUGUUAUUCAGGCACUUAUGCCCCGGUCCAGGUCGAAUUUGAAUAUAUUGUUAGACUUUGCGAGGUCCUUCAAACAACCCAAUUGUCACCAUUGUGUUUGAAGCUGGAAUACACUUCUCUCUUUGAAUCAAUUAGGAAUUUCCCAAGCAGAGUUUUUGCUGAGAGGCAGGCCUCUGCCUCAAAGAAAGCUUAUUCCCUUAUACAACAUCCCAGCGAUUCCGAUAAACUCAAUGAGAGGUCUAGUGCCCUAGUGGAUAAUUCGAAUGAUAACUUCUAUCGAAAUGAAGACAAUCACUAUAUCAUGAGAUCAGACAAUGUACUCCAGUACGAAUACGCCAGACAAAUGGAGUUUUCAGACAACGAGUAUGAAAAUACCUCGGGAUAUUUGAGUGAUGCGGAGGUUGAUUAUGCUAUUAGCACGACUAUUAAUCAAAAAUCUAGAUCUGAUAGGUUUCAAGUUGUAUCUGCGAUUUCUACCUUGUUACAGCUUCUAGCAUCCCAUGAGCCUCCAAUAAAAAUCGCUCGAAAUUUGUUGUUAUUUAGCAUUGUUUUUGUGGAUGAUAAUUCCUUGUUGCCCAAGAUCAUGGGUUUGGUGAAAUCCUUCAAAUCAGUGAACAUAAAUGUGCAGAAGGCAUUGAGCAACUUGGUUGAGAAACUAGCCAAAUCUAGAAAACAAAAGGUAUCUGUGGUUCUGAAGCUCAGAAUUGCCAAGCGGUUUUGGAAGCACAGAAGGGCAGACCGACCGAGGGCUCCUCUGCUUGAAGUGGACUACGAUCAACAGUUAAUAGCUUCCUUGUUGCAACCUCCCCGUGCCACUUCGACUUAUAGAAAUGACGAGAUUUCAACCCUUACUAUCGAAACCCUCGAAUUCAACGACCUAGAACUGAAUCUUGGAACUCCAGCUUUUGGUGAAAAUGUACUUGAUCUCCAAACUAGCCAUAACUCUCCAAUAAUAGUUGAGUUAGACGGAGAGGGUGAUAGUCCACACGGUCAACACUCUCCAAUAGUUGUUGAGGAUGACGAGGUGUACUUGAGCGACAGUCCGUUGUCUUCUGUAUCUUCUGAGCUUCUCGAGGCCUUUCCAGAGGCGUCGAAUGCCAACUUUUUGGCCACUUCAGAAACUUCAAUAUCUAGUGACGAUUAA